CCCUCAUGUAAGCACUCCUUGUUAGAGCCCAAAUAUAGUUGGGCGUUAGUAUUUAGUGGACUGAGUACUGACCAUUCAUUGGCUCUUCUCCUCUACAUUAGUGGACUGACCUGACCGCUCAAACCUCUCAACACUUGCUUUCUCGAUUUUUUUUUUCUCUCGAAAUUUGUCACUUUCUUGACUCUUCUGUUGUCUGUUUUCAUAUGUUAAAAUCAUUUGCAUGUUCAUAAAUCAAAUGUUAAAGAUAAUUUCGUUUUGAUAAUUAUUGCAUGCAUUCUCAAAUGCUAAAUCUUUUUGCAGAGGUAACGAGACUUUCUCCUUCAAUUCUCCUGGAAAAUUGUGACAGCAAAAGAAACUGCAAUUUCUCCAAAUUUUAAGAAAGUAUAAUCAGAAUCCAGUGUCUGAUCAUGCUCUUCUUAGAGUAUUCGAAGGCGGAAAAUGAUCCGAAAAUGCAGGGGAUAUACAAUUAUACUUGGAAGUCUAACUCUGGACUGACCAAACCAAACAGUCUGAACCAAAACAUGGUUGCUUCAAGACCGAAGAAGCGUAAAGGUUCAACCUUUUUACAAUCACCAUGGCACAAAGUAUAUCUACAAGGUUCAGAGUUAUGUCACAGUAUCAGAAUUGCUGAAGAAGAAUGGGGCCUUGCGACAAAUACGCUAAGUGAGAAGGUCGAUACAAAUGAGGCAAUAUCUCCAUCAAAGAGAAGGCUUGUUUUAUCCACACAACUUAUGCAACAGCUUCUCCAACCAGCACCAGCGUUUGUUUUCUUAGGCGACAAUGCAGCUCUCAACUACGAAAUCGUGCUUUACUUUGUGUCGAGAAUCACCCUCGCUGAUUCAUGUUCUCUCAAAUGCCGCUCGGAUUUGGAUAAGAGCAUAAAUCGUCUAACUUCGAAGACAGCUAGUGAUCUAGAUCACCGAUAUUCUUCGCUCGUCAAUGCUUUCAAUGAAAAAAUACAUAAGCUGGAAAGUGACUUUCAAUGCUUGGAGAGGACCACAUCGAUAUUAGACAUCAUCUUCAAAAUCCAAGACCUCGAAAGAUUCUCCGUGAUAAACCAUCUCGGCAAGUUUCAUAACCGCACAAAGACCAUUACAAGACCUAUUCCGCAGAGAUACAUUGUUGGAAUACAAAUGCCAACGAACCUGCCCGAGCCACUAUAUUGUCUUCCUCUGUGAUCAUCACAAAUGAUUUAAUUUGAUGUGUAUAUCUGUUGAGAUUGAACUCUCCGAUUGAUCCUGCAAAGAAGAAGAACGAUGUCAAUGAGAAAGGAAUGAAGAACAAGGGAGUAAAGAGGUGGGUUGGUGUGAUGAAACCCAGAAUCUAGAAAGAGAGAAGAAGCGUCGAAGGUUGACGAAAGGAAACGUAGAAGAAGAAGUCAAGGUUUAGUUGUUUUGGGUUAAGAUAUGUUUGGGCCUGCAGAUUUGGUUUUUGGCCCAACAGAAAAUGUCUAGAUGGUUUUUGUUGUAACCCAUUCGUAGACUUGAUGUACUCUUAAGUUAGCUAAGUACCAAGUUAGAAUAACAAGAGAAGCUGUUAGGUCUGAAUAGUAAAGAGUUGUUAGGAGUUGCUGGAACCUAUACACAAGUGGUGUUGCUUGUGUAAGUGAUCCUAGUAUCUAGAGUUAUGGCAAAGAAACUAUGUGUGCAAGUGUGCAAUCUCUAUAUAUGUGUUUAAGAGAUGUUGUAAGUUUUUUCUA